CUUCCAAAUCAAACAUCCCGCCUUCUUCGCUUCUCUUUACUAACUCAAACUUUCUCUCUCUCUAAAUCUCAAACUUCAACAAUGGCCCGAACCAAGCAAACCGCCAGGAAAUCCACCGGAGGAAAAGCUCCAAGGAAGCAGCUCGCCACCAAGGCUGCCCGUAAGUCCGCCCCAGCCACCGGAGGAGUCAAGAAGCCCCACCGUUUCAGGCCAGGAACCGUGGCUCUCCGUGAAAUCAGGAAGUACCAGAAGAGCACUGAGCUUCUCAUCAGGAAGCUUCCAUUCCAGAGGCUUGUCAGAGAAAUAGCUCAGGAUUUCAAAACCGACCUCCGCUUCCAAAGCUCCGCCGUUGCCGCCCUCCAGGAAGCUGCCGAAGCUUACCUUGUUGGUCUCUUUGAGGAUACCAACCUCUGCGCAAUUCACGCUAAAAGAGUGACAAUUAUGCCUAAGGAUAUUCAGCUUGCAAGGAGGAUCCGUGGUGAGAGGGCUUAAUUUGGGGAUUUCAAUUGAUUUGAAUUGAAAUUUCUAGGGUUAGGGUUUGGUAGUGUAGUAUGUUGACAAAACUUUCUUUUCAAAUUAGUCUGUUAUCUAUAAUGUAGUUACCGGUGUAAUGUUAUGGCCAGUCAGUGAUUAUGUAUUGAUUUUCUAGUUAUCUUAGUGAAUAUAUAUUGGUUGGUAAUGUUGAGUUUCAA